CAUAAAGUGGCUGCCAGUCCGCAGGACGCCCAGCCAAGCCGUGUCACCCCUGAGAGACACAGGCCAAAUCACCAGCACCCAGCAUGCAGGCACAGCUUCCACAGAGAACACUGCUCAGUUUGGCUCUCAGUCUCCUGUUCCUGAGCAUGGCACAGGCCAGAGGCAGAUGCUCCAGCUCUUCCCCACAGCUCCUCAGGCAGCUGCAGAGUCAGGCGAACAUGACUGGGAACACGGAAUCACUCCUCGAGCCCUACGUCCACCUCCAAAACCUGAACACACCUGACUUGAGAAAUGCCUGCACAAAGGACUGCCCCUCGGCCUUCCCAAGUGAGGAUGCCCUACAGGCCAUGAGCAAGCCUCUCUUCCUGAGCACUGUCUAUGCCACACUGGACAGAGUUGGGCGUCAACUGGGUACUUUAAGAUACCAUUUUCUGAAUAUUGAGGAUUUUCCACAUCUGGAGAGGGCCAGGCAGAACAUUGGAGGCAUCAAGAAUAAUGUCUAUUGCAUGGCUUGGCUGCUCAACCACAGCCUGGAGAUACCUGAGCCCACGCAGGAGAACUCUGGGUCCUCCCCGCCCACCACCAUAACAUCAAAAAUCUUGGAGACCAGACUAGAAACCUGCCGCUUCCUGUGUGGUUAUCAUCGCUUCAUGGUCUCCGUGGGGAAGGUCUUCAGGGAGUGGGGAGAUAGCUCCAUCCGCAGCCGGAGACACAGUCCGCUCCGGGCCCGGCACAAGGGAGCCCGCAGAAUCAGAGCAUCCGGAGCCCCAUGCCCAGGGUCCAGGUGCCCGGGUAACCUGAGGACGCAGUGAUGGACACAGCAUAGUCUGUGGAUGCAGGAGGUAGCCUCUCAGGGGGCUUUCAGAGCUGUUUCUGUGCAGAAGAGCACUUUAAGGGAGUGGGGUUGGGCUCCCCUUGUACCACUCUGGACCAUGGGGCUAGUUGGGUUGUGUUGCCCCUCUCCAAGCCUACUGGGGUUGCUGGGUCAGGCCACGUGUGGCCAGCGGCUUUCCAUUGAUUCAGGGGUCUGAUGACACAAGCUGACUCACCACUGGGCUGAACCCCUCCGGCUGGUUGGCCCUUUCCUCUCAUGACUUGAAGCUGUUGCCUGCAGACUUCCUCCUUUCCCUAUGGCUGGGUUCCAAAGGGGAGGUCAGA